UUGCUGUCUAAUGGGGCGAACACACACGGGGACGCCACCCGGCUAAUGGCCGGCAAACACGGCGAGAGUGCAUCCAGUUUGCUGUCGCCAAGGGCCUUUUGGAACACCGUUGUUCCAUCCUCUGAACUAACGCUGCCUCUGGAGUGUGGAAGCAGGGUGCCGCACAUUCUGCUUUUCUCUGGUCAGGAGGAGAGGGGGGGGGGGGACACGCAGGUGGAUGGCAGUGAAACCAAUGAGCCGGGCGCCGCGGUCACAUGGUGGCAGAGUGACACACCUGCGCGGAGCCGCGCGGGCCUCGCAGUUGCGCCACAGGCAGGUGAGGGCGCGGGAGGGCGCAGCUACGGUGCAUGUGCGCGCAGACGGCCCCUCGGAGCCUCUGGGUCCCCGCCAGCCAUGAAUCGAGAAGAGCAUUACUACCCCACUCAGGUGUUCAAAGACUCCUGCGCGUACCAGAGGUCGCAGGGGGAUGAGUUCAGCCACAGCCCGCCGCCCUGCCUCUACAUGAGCAGGCAGGUGCACUCGGUCUACACCUCCUCGUCCCUGGGAGCCUUGGAGCAGACGAGCCUUCCCGACAUCGCCCCCGCCUACACUCUGCCCGGCGUGCGGGAGGACCCGGGCGUGCUCCACCUGCACCAGGGGCUCCAGCAGCCGGCCCUCCCGCCCCCGGGCUAUGGAGACCCGGCCGAGCAGGGCAGAUACCACCUACCCUUUCCCUGGAUGAAAACCACCAAAUCCCACUCUCACACCUGGAAGGGACAGUGGGCAGGCGCUUACGUGAUGGCCGAGACGGAGGAAAACAAGCGCACGAGGACUGCGUACACGCGCGCCCAGCUGCUGGAGCUCGAGAAAGAGUUCCUGUUCAACCGCUACAUCUCCAGGCCGCGGCGCGUGGAGCUGGCGCUCACUCUCAGCCUCACCGAGCGCCACAUCAAGAUCUGGUUCCAGAACCGGCGCAUGAAGUGGAAAAAGGAGGAGGAUCGGAGGAGGGCCCGGGGCGCAGACCCGGACCAGGACUCCUCGAUCACCUCCGGAGACCAGGGGGAGGUCUCAGGAGGGGUGUCCUCCACAAACGGAGCCCACACUCCCACGCCGUCCGUCUCUCCGCUGCGCGCGCACACGCACUCAGUGUCCGGGCCCAGAGAGCCCGCGUAGAACCAGAGGAUGCUCUUCCCAGUUAAAGACUGAAACCUGUAGUGACACUUAAGAGACCCU